AUGCCUCGUGCUCCAAAGCGACGGCGCUACAUGCUUGAGGAAGACCAUCAGGCUCAAAGUGUUCCCACGGCUGAGGAAGAGGAUGAUUCCUCAUCUUCCUCCACCUGCUCCUCCUUUUCCUUUAGCUGUUCUCUGAGCUUGAGCUCCCCAGAGGAGCUUUUUACUCUUUCUGACACCCUGAGUCCUUCACAGAGCCUUUCGAGUGCCUCCCCCUCCCCGUCCCCCACUGCUGUUGUCUCUACUCCAUUGAGCCAAUCCGACAAUGGCUCCAGCAGCCAAAAAGAGGAGGGUCCGAGCACCUCGCAGGCCCUGCCAGAUGCUGAGUCCUUUCCAAGAAAUGCAAUUAAUGACAAGGUGGGUGAUCUGAUAGCGUUUCUGCUCCUCAAGUAUCGCACCAAGGAGAUGGCCACAGAGACAGAAAUGCUGAAUAUCAUCACCGAAGACUACAAGGACCACUUCCCUGUGAUCUUCAAUGAAGCCUCGGAGUGCAUGCAGCUGGUCUUUGGUAUUGAUGUGAAGGAAGUGGACCCCAGCGACCAUUCCUAUGUCCUGGUCACCACCCUGGGCCUCACCUAUGAUGGGAUGCUGAGCGAUGGGCAGAGCAUGCCCAAGAAUGGCCUUCUGAUAUUUAUCCUGAGUAUAAUCUUUAUGAAGGACGACUGUGUCCCUGAGGAGGAGGUGUGGGAAGUGCUGAGUGCGAUGGGGGUGUAUGUCGGGAGGGAGCACUUUGUCUAUGGGGAGCCCAGGGAGCUGCUCACCAAAGUGUGGGUGCAGGAGGGCUACCUGGAGUACCGGCAGGUGCCUAACAGCGAUCCUGCAUGCUAUGAAUUUCUUUGGGGUCCCCGGGCCCACGCGGAGACCAGCAAGAUGAGUUUCCUGGAGUUUUUGGCCAAGAUCAAUGGAAGUGACCCUAGAUCCUUCCCUCUGUGGUAUGAAGAGGCUUUGAGAGAUCAGGAAGAGAGAGCCCAGUCUAGAAUUGCCACCACAGAUAAUAUUACUUCCAUGGCUAGUGCAAGUUCUAGUGCCAUGUCCAGCAGCUUGUUCAACCCUGAGUGAAGUCUAAGGCAGAUUCUUCACUUUGUGUUUUAAGAGGGCAGUCAACGAUCUAAGUAGUAGAGGGCCAGACUUGGGAUGAGGGAAUCAUAGUGAAUAACAUCUUUCUGUUUCUGUUCCAUUGGGUGACUUAGAACUUUAUAGAACUUUAUCUUCUUUUAUUUUUGGUAUUUUAAAAUGUUGUUGCUUAACUAGAAAGUCUGCUAGCCUCAGAAUCUAAGUUUAUG